CGCGAACGGCCUGGCCCUCCCUGACCUUUCUCCACACCGACAUUAUGGCAUCAACCAAGGCGGACCCCCUCAUUCUGCCCAGCCCACCGGACACCAGUGCACAUUCUCCCAUGUCACCGUCACAGGCUUACAGCCAAACUUAGCUGUAUACAUAUUACUCACCCUUCCCCAUGCUCCUGUGCCAGAUACCCACUUUGACCUCUCUUUCCUGUUAUCCAUCCUCUGUACAUGGUACAUCCAGUACCCUCGACCGCAACCAGCUCUGCUUCUUAACAGACGACCUGUUCAUCCUCUUCCCAUUCGAACCUCAAUCGAUCCCGGCGGACUCGAUCUUGCCGGCCGCUUGCGCUUUGUGCGGGCGGGUGUCUGCAUGCCGUGAUCGGCCUGCUUCCUGGCACUGCACCUCUCCGAGAAUCUUAUAUAUCGGCCUUCCGCCAAUCCACCACUUCGAGGCACGGUUGAUCGUCCUGACCAGGACGGUGACACCAGCCUCUCCAUAAACAGUCAUCGUGGCGAUCCCGCUGCCAGCUCUUUCGUCCGCCCUCGCUCAUACACCCAAUCCGUUCCCGCUCUCGCGUUCAGAGCUGCUUCGGCCUCGUUCCCCAAGCUUCCGAACCACCUUCGACC